AUGGAUGAAAUUUCAAUGGUAUCUUAUCAAAUGCUGUGUAUGAUUGACGCACGAUUAAGACAACUUAAAAAUCAUGAAGACGAGUUCUUUGGAGGCAUAAACGUUUUACUUUUUGGAGAUCUGUUACAACUGCCUCCAAUCAAACGCUCCGGAGCUCCUGUUUUCAAACAGCCCGAUCAUCUCCAACCAGCCACACAUCUAUGGCGUUUGUUCACGCUCUGUGAGCUGACGGAGAAUAUGCGUCAGCAAGGGGACCAUACUUUUAUUGAAAUACUAAAUGCUUUGAGAAUAGGUGAGCUAACCGCUAACCAUUUUAGUAUUUUGAUGCAAAGAGUUAUUCAAAACCCAAGUGAUGAGUUUGCAACAGACAAAGCGUUAAGGGUAUACACUACUAAUCAGCAAGUAAACAAUCACAACGCUGCUGUUUUAAAUCUGUUCCGGAAUAAGGGAUCUCGAAUUUAUACCAUUAAAGCACAGGACCAAUUAAUUGACGCCACACGAAAUACAGAUACUUUAAAUUUAGCAAAUAUAAUACCAACAGAUAUAAAUAAGACUGGAGGCUUACCAUCAGUACUUGAAAUAUUUGUAGGAGCAAAAUUAAUGUUGCGGUCCAACAUUGACGUUACAAAAGGAUUGAUUCUGAACAGUCCUAGAACCCUAUAG